AUGGAGAGUGGUCGCAACAGCGAGUAUUUUGAGAUUCCGCUUGAGGAUGACGAUGCUCUCAAGUCACCGAGAUCCCCUUUUACGCCGCGGGCACUUUCAAAGCCCAAGUCUGCUCCCGUUAGCGCUAGUGAUUUAGCCAAAAAGUUGGAGACGGCCAGCGAGCGCCGCAGUCGUGCUCUUCAGGUAAACGCCAAUGGCCAUGAUCUUGUCAAUUUAAAUUGUCUUUCAAUCUACUAUUGGCUUUUAUCUCGCUUUCUGGUUCUUCACCUUAGCCCUUACGUCAGCACUCGGUGAUGUGUUGGUGUUUUUACGCUGGCACCCGUUGUCGUGUUCCCUGUCAUGACCCAAACUGUUUGUAUACCUACAGUCGGCACAGUUAAAAUGCCGCUACCUUGACCUCGAUCAUUUUCGAGGUUGUGUCUACGUCCAGUUUAAUUUGCUUAGUUGGCCUCCACUGAAACGGAGGCUGCACUUCGAAUUGUCUCCUCUCUUGCUGUAGACAGGCUCCAGACAAUCUUCAACUUGAAGACCAGUGUCGUCUCGGCAUGCGUCCACAGGUACACCUGUCUCGUUGGAUGCCGCACCCAAUCUGUUUGUUGGAUACGUGAUAAAGACGUAUACUGAGCCCGGCUCCGUCUAGUUCAGCAGGUCUUCUUGGCUGUCUUCGAGUGCUUACUGCGUACCUUUAUCCCCACUGCUUUUAUAAACAUGUUAACCAAGUUUACCAGCGAUUCUACCAUGUGACUACGUACGAAGGAUUCUGGUGUCGCAACCGUCAUCUGGUCUUGCAAGUGCUUCCUGUCAGUUAUUUUUGGGUCUGCAUAAUCAAUUGCCUAAGCCAUAUUUAUUGCUUAGAAUUUCAUUGGCCGUGCGAGUUUGCGAGGAAUUGUACUUGUUCCGGCGGAGUAAUACUCCCGAUACUAGGCGUUGAUUAGUAAUACAUCCGGGGUAAGGCAUAAUACUGCCUCUUCGGUAUGUUUUUUAUAAGCUUGUAAAAGGGGAGGUAAAACGCAGGUAAGGCAGAACGUUAAUAACGCCUGAAAAUAUUUAUCCGACGUCCGUGGACCGCUGUGCCCUGGGCGUUUCGGUACCUGUUUACCCCUUUAGUUGGGGACCUUGUAUCCUACUCACACGCCUUGUGCAUAUCCAGAAAUGCUCAGUGAAUGGGUGGUUUUCUCUGGUAGUGCUUUUCACUACCAUAACCAGUCCAGUCUUUCUACGUAUCUUAACUGGCCGCUUUCUGAAACCCUUUGCGUUCGCGAACACCACCACAUUGUUAUUGCCGUAGACUUGACCGACCCGUUUUUAUUAUUUUUCCUAGACAUUGUUCGCUACUCGUAUUACGUCACUCUGUCGAUCCUUGGCCUCAGUAAUCAUUUUUGUCUCCGUUUUAUUUGCUUAAGUGACUAUCGCCAGUGCAAAAUUAGUCGACUCAAAAGUCUACUGGAUACGUAUCCAAGUUAACAGAAAUUUGUGGAGGCAUACUACCACAGUCUUGUCACCGCACGACACACAAGUAAGCCGUAAAACAGGGACGUCAGGAUGCCUUAUUGAGCGGUGACAGCAUUUGCCAUACAAUACCCUCAUAGCUUAUGCCAUUUUACAGGUAACUGCCAUAUGAGAUCGGUGCCCAGUCAUGCCUGAGCGUAUAGUCACCGCGUGGUCGGCGUCUGCGUAUUCACUUGACGCGAGUGCAAGCUUUUUGCCGUUAUUGGGUGCACUUGGUGGCUGAAAACUAAGCCAGUUCUAGUUGCUACUUUCCACAUAUCUGGUUCUACUCCUACUUAGAUUCCUAAGUUUUAGUUGAAGUUCAACCUUUCUUCUUUGGUAGGAAACAAAGGAGAAGAACGAGCAGCACGUACAGAAGGUUACAGCCGCAGUCAAGGAUACAAAAGAGUCGACGGAACAUCGGAUUGCAGAGCUGAAGGAAAAUUUAGAAAUGGACUUGGCGUUGAAGGAUAGGCGUCGCCAGCAGAUACUCGAAGAGAAAAUUGGCUCCGCGAAGAAAGAAGUAAGCAAUCCCUCGAAAUAAAUAUGCUCGGUUUCCAGACUGAAAAAGUAGAACGGUUGCGGUCAUCGCUUAGCGAUGCCUAUCACGAAAAACUAAAAGAAAUAGAACUUGAUAUGUCCAACAAAGAAAAUAACCGCAAAUCAAUCCUAUUGGGUAUUAAAGAAGCCUGCCAACAACAGGUACACCAAUGCUCUAUUUUGUGCAUUUUUUCAGCUCGACCGAGUCUCGGAAGUGCAAUCACGCCGUUCGCUGAGCACUUCUGUUAAAGAACAGGAAUGA